UUGGGAACGGCUUUUUAUGGUGGCUAUAAAGAUAGGGAAGGUGCGGCCCCCAUUAAACGUGCAUUGUUUUUGUCCAUUGACACCUUUUUAUCCCUACAAAACACAUACAUAACAAAUUUCUCACAAAAUGUCUGGAACCGAUUACAAGUUUGAGGGUUGGCUCGGUCACGAUGCUGAGUCCGUCAAGGGCAACAUGAAGUGGGGUGAAUUCGAGCCUAAGCAGUGGUCUGAGGAUGAUGUCGAUAUCAAGGUCUCUCACUGUGGUAUCUGCGGUUCUGACCUUCACACCUUGAAGAGUGGUUGGGGAGAGACACCAUACCCUUGCUGCGUUGGUCACGAGAUUGUUGGCAAGGCCGUCAAGGUCGGAAGCAACGUGAAGCACGUCAAGGUCGGCGACAGAGUCGGUGUCGGCGCUCAAUCCCACAGCUGCGGCAAGUGCGAGGACUGCAAGAACGGCGAUCAGAGCCAUUGCUUGAACGGAACCAACACAUACGGCGACAAGUACAAGGACGGCUCCGGCAAGUCCUACGGUGGCUACGCAACCUACGCCCGUCACCCGGGUGCUUUCACAUUCAAGAUCCCCGAUGGUCUUGAUAGCGCCGAGGCCGCUCCCAUGCUCUGCGGUGGUGUUACCGUCUACUCGCCAUUGAAGAACUACGGUGCCGGACCUGGAAAGAAGGUCGGCAUCGUCGGUGUCGGUGGUCUUGGUCACUUCGGUGUCCUGUUCGCCAAGGCCCUUGGAGCUGAUGAAGUUGUCGGUAUCUCUCGUAAGGCAGAAAAGAAGGACGAUGUCCUUAAGCUCGGUGCCGACAGAUACAUCGCUACCGACGACGACGACAAGUGGGUUGAGCACAACAGACGUUCCCUUGACCUCAUCGUCUCGACCGUCUCAUCUGGCAAGAUGCCUCUCGAUGGCUACCUCGCCCUGCUGAAGACCAAGGGCACUCUCAUCCAGGUCGGUGCUCCCGACGGUGGUGAGCUCCCCAACGUCAACGCCUUCACCCUCAUCAUCAACGGUAUCAAGAUCGGUGGUAGCGCUAUUGGCAGCCCCGAGGAGAUCAACGAGAUGCUCCAAUUGGCCGCCGACAAGCAGAUUCACCCCUGGAUCCAGAAGCGUCCCAUGAAGGAUGCAAACGCCGCCAUCGUCGAUAUGGAGGCUGGCAAGGCUCGUUACCGUUACGUCCUUUGCAACGACGAGUAAACGCAUUAUGACACGACUUUUUGGAAAAGCCUUCAUUGGAAAGAAGGAUAAACUCUUGAAAUCUUGAACCUAGAUAGAGGUAGAUGCUUUGGUAUGAAAUACACAUCAUGACAUUGAACAAA